AUGGAGAUCGCCCGGAGCUUUGAGGAAACGCAUCAAAUCCCUCAAAUAAUGGGCUUGAUUGACGGGACACACAUCCCAAUCUUCCAUCCUUCAGAUGGUUACAAGGACUUUGUGAACAGAAAGGUCUGGCCUUCCUACGUCCUCCAGGGUGUGGUCGACCACAAAUGCAGACCCAAACUGUCAUCCUCAGAUGAGAUGAAACUGGUUAGGAUUUUCAGGAACAACCCAAGAACCACCAAGUCUCAGGCCUGCCCUGAACUGGAAACUGCUGGAACACCAGUGUCACUGUCCACAAUUGUGUUGCUUUACCAAGGAUCCACUGGGGAUGUUGAAACUUGGUGUGAGUCCGUGGACAACGUCCUCGGUUGUAAAGCCGGACAGGCAGCCUUCAGGGAAUUUCUGAAAUCUGAAUAUAGCGAGGAGAACAUACUGUUUUGGCUGGCCUGUGAGGAAUACAAAAAGAUCAAAACCAUCCCAGAGAUGAUCUCCUCGGCCAACAGGAUCUACUCAGAGUUUGUACAGACGGAAGCUCCGAGACAGAUCAACAUAGACUGUGGUACCAGAGAGAAGAUCACGAAAAACAUCUCGCAGCCGACCUUGACUUCCUUCGACUCGGCACAGAAGCUGAUCUACAGUCUGAUGGCCAGGGAUUGCUACCCGCGCUUCCUAAAAUCUGACAUCUAUCAAGGACUGCUGAGGAGAAAUGAUUCAAGGUGACUGUUUGAAGCAGAAGAGCUCCCUCCAGCUUUCC